CACAAGCCGCCACUAGUCCCAGUGUGACCAGAGCCCUGGACGUCACCGCGGACCCUGAGCUCUACUUCUCUUCUCCAGACAUGAGCAGUCCUGAUGGUGGAUACGCCAGUGACGACCAGCUCCAGGGAAAGUGCUCCGUGCCAGUCAUGAUGCCCGGUCUGGGCCAGUGCCAGUGGGCGCCUGACACUAUCACCUCUUCCAUGGGGGAGACCAAGGGCAAGGGCGACGCUUCCAACCCCAGGAGUAAAGCCGAAGCGCGGAUCCGCCGCCCUAUGAACGCGUUUAUGGUGUGGGCGAAAGAUGAGCGCAAGAGACUGGCCCAGCAGAACCCGGACCUGCACAACGCCGAGCUCAGCAAGAUGCUAGGGAAGUCCUGGAAAUCUCUGACAUUGACUGAGAAGAGACCAUUUGUGGAGGAAGCUGAGAGAUUGAGGGUGCAGCACAUGCAGGAUCAUCCCAACUACAAGUACAGACCCAGGAGGAGGAAGCAGGUGAAGAGGAUGAAGAGGGCAGACAGUGGCUUCAUGCACAUGUCUGAGCAGCCUGACCACUCCAUACUGGGCAGUGAUGGCAGGAUGUGUGUGGACAACUUCAGCCUUGGGUAUCCAGAGCAGUCCUAUCACCACAGCCAGCUGCCCCAGAGUGGUCAUCAUUACAGAGAAGCUCAAGUCCUAGGUGCCCACUAUGAGAGCUACAGCUUGCCUACACCUGAAACAUCACCUCUGGAUAUACCGGAGUCUGAUCAUGCCUUCUUCACAUCUCCUGUCCAAGAAGAGUGUUCAGUGAUGCCUUAUGGUUACAACACAACAUAUGCUUCCCACCAGCAAAAUUCUGGCACUACCAUGCUUGGUAGGCACCUACCACAGACUGAACAGAUGGGACAAGGAAGCCCUGUACAGGGUAUGAUGGGAUGCCAGACCCCUCCACAGAUGUUCUACAGCCAGAUGUACAUGUCCAGUGCUGGUAGACAUCACCAAGUGCCACAAGUCAGUCAACCUUCUCCUCCACCUGAAUCCCAGCAGAUGCCUAGAGCCGAACAAGUGCAGCCGAAUGACAUGUUGAGUGAGGUGGACAGGACCGAAUUUGAGCAAUAUCUUAGUUACAUGACCAAGUCAGAUGUAGGAAUGCAUUACCAUGGCCAGGAGCAAGCUGCAGAGAAUGGCCUGAUAUCCUCAGUGCUGUCAGAUGCCAGCACUACUGUCUACUACUGUGGUUACUCCAGUGUAUGAGAGACUGCUCCUCUACUCCACUAUAGUGUUCUCCAGUGAUUCCCAACUUUUGGGAAUCAAUUGUAUUACUUUGAGUCGUUUCAGACUUAGAUAUGUGGGAAGAGCCUUCAACAUGUAUGUACUGACUAAUUUAUGUAAAUUAUUACAUAUGAACUGAUAGGACUUCCCUUGGACCAUGCGACUUACAAGAUCAAGUCACAUUUCUUCAUUGGAUGCAAUGCAACUCCUUAUGUGUACAUGUACACGGCCUCUUUGUAUAGUUAUGAAUUUUUUAGAAAGCAAAGAAACUUUAUAGUGAUUUUAUUUUGCACUUUUUUUUUUAAAUAAAGAGUCAAUUCGA